CGCCGCCGCCAGGGAACCAUCGCCCAGGCGCCCACACCUCGCGCGGGAAACGGACAGGAUCUGCAAACAACAAGUGUCAAAAGGCUUCAGCUCUGUUGUUGUUUAAAUUAUAAAAUCAUCAGACAUGCUUGCGGACAAAGCUCUAGAGCUCAUCCGGGAACUGGACAGGACGAAGGAUGGCCAGAUGCCCGCGUUUAACGAGGAUACUAUACGUUUAGUGUUGGAAGAGAUGAACACACUAUUUGAACAGAAUCAGCAAGAUGUUAAUGCAACAGUGGCUGGUGAUGUUCGUUACUUCUCUGGAGUGCACUUGAGGCAUGCUGCCUUAGAGAGGAAUAGACGUUGUCUUCUGGCAUAUUUGUACAAUAGAUUAGAGAGGGUGCGUGACAUGAGAUGGGAGUUCGGUAGUAUCCUGCCUGCAGAUAUCAGAGCUAAUAUGUGUGAACCUGAGAUUAUAUGGUUUAAUAAAUAUAAUAAGAACUUGGCUUCAUAUAUGAGAUCGCUGGGAGAAGGAACUGGUCUUGAUCUUACUCAAGAUAUAAAGCCACCAAAGAAUCUGUAUAUUGAGGUUCGAUGUCUUCAAGACUAUGGAGAAUUUGAGAUAGAAGAAGGAGAUACUGUGGUACUCCAAAAGAAUACCACUCACUAUCUUCCAAUGGCUCAUUGUCAGCAUCUCAUCAGACAAGGCAUUUUAGAACAUAUUGAAUGAUAUGUUGAAACAAGAGCUUUGUUUCUUUAGUGUAAUCUUAUGUAUGUGAAUUAGAUUAUGGCAAUAUAAAAGAUCUUUAAUACAGAUAACAUAUAUUUUUAUGUAGUGUUCUAUUGAAAAUAAAAAAUCAAGCAAUGAA